AGUCGGGACACAGUGUGAACAGCUGCCGAGAGACAGGCUGCAUCAUGACUGCAAUGGAGGAACAGACAGGGACUGGCUGGAUGACUGAAUAACAUUAGCCACCUUCAGAGUGGUAGCGUAACAGCGAAGGAGCUGACUCAGAGGUUUACACAGCAGAGCCUUGAGACUGAUUGACCCCUCGAGACACUUCAACAUCAGUGUGCCAUCUUUGGACAGUCAUGCCACCACCAGCUGACAUUGUAAAGGUGGCGAUUGAAUGGCCCGGUGCUAACGCUCAGCUCAUAGAGAUGGACCAGAAAAGACCUCUGUCUUCAAUAAUACGGGAAGUGUGUGACGGCUGGUCUCUGUCUGGCUCUGAGCAGUUUGCUCUGCGUUAUGCUGACGGCCCUCAGCUUUAUAUCACUGAACAGAGCCGUGGUGACAUCAAGAAUGGGACGAUCCUUCGGUUAGCAAUAUCCCCUGCUCGAGCUGCCCGUCAGCUCCUGGAGAGGAUCCAAUCCCAUGGUAUCGACGCUCGCCUGGAGGCUCUAAAGGAGCUCGCCAAGCUGUCCGCAGACCCGACCUUUGCCACAGAGUUCAUAAAUAUGGAGGGCAUUGGAACACUCGCACGGCUCGUGGAGAGUGGAACACACUUUGGUGAAAUGCUGGCCUUCACUCUCACCGCCUUCCUGGAGCUGAUGGAUCAUGGCAUUGUGUCCUGGGACCUUAUCUCGAUCUCCUUCAUAAAACAGAUUGCAGGCUACGUGAACCAGCCGAUGGUGGACGUCUCCAUCUUGCAGCGCUCUCUAGCCAUUCUGGAGAGCAUGGUGCUCAACAGCCACAGCCUGUACCACCGUGUGGCUCAGGAGAUCACCGUGGGACAGCUCAUCGGGCACCUGCAAGUGUCGAACCAGGAGAUCCAAACGUACGCCAUUGCCCUCAUCAAUGCUCUUUUCCUGAAGGCACCGGAGGACAGGCGGCAGGAGGAGUAUACUAACCCGCUGGAGCAGCACCUCACUGAAAUGGCAAGCACUUUGGCUCAGAAACAUUUGCGAUCCAUCAUCCUCAAUCAUGUUAUCAGAGGAAACCGACCCAUUAAAGCAGAAAUGGCACACCAGCUUUAUGUGCUGCAGGUUUUGACUUUUAACCUUUUGGAAGAACGCAUGAUGACCAAAAUGGAUCCUAAUGAUCAGACUCAGAGAGACAUAAUUUUUGAGCUGCGUAGGAUCGCCUUUGAUGGAGAAAAUGACCCCACUGGCACAGAAAAGAGAAAGGCCAUGUACACCAAGGACUAUAAAAUGCUUGGGUUCACUAACCAUGUGAAUCCAGCCAUGGACUUUACACAGACUCCCCCAGGCAUGCUGGCUUUGGAUAACAUGCUGUACCUUGCCAAGGUUCACCAGGACACGUACAUCAGGAUUGUUCUGGAGAACAGCAGCCGUGAGGACAAACAUGAAUGUCCAUUUGGGAGGUGUGCCAUCGAACUCACUCGAAUGUUGUGUGAGAUACUGCAGGUUGGAGAGUUGCCUAAUGAGGGCUGCAAUGACUACCACCCCAUGUUUUUCACUCAUGACCGAGCAUGGGAGGAGUUCUUCUGUGUCUGCAUCCAACUCCUUAAUAAAACCUGGAAGGAGAUGAGAGCCACAGCUGAGGAUUUCAAUAAGGUGAUGCAGGUGGUACGUGAACAGAUCACCAGGGCUCUCGCCAUGAAACCAUCAUCUUUAGACCAACUGAAGAACAAACUGCGAGGCCUUAACUAUUCUGAGAUCUUGCGUCUUCGGCAGUCCGAGAGAAUGAGCCAGGACGACUUUCAGUCGCCACCCAUCAUUGAGCUGCGUGAGAGAAUUCAGCCUGAGAUCUUAGAGCUCAUCAAGCAGCAGCGACUGAACCGGCUGUGUGAGGGGAGCUGUUUCCGUAAACUGGGGAACCGCCGAAGGCAAGAGAAGUUUUGGUUCUGCAGACUCUCGCUGAAUCACAAAGUGCUGCACUAUGGGGACCUUGAUGAGUCACCUCAGGGUGAAGUGCCUUUUGAGCUACUUAGUGACAAGAUCCCCGUCUCUGACAUCAAGUCUGUAGUGACCGGGAAGGACUGCCCUCAUAUGAAAGAAAAAAGCGCUCUGAAACAAAACAAGGAGGUGUUGGAGUUAGCUUUUUCUGUCCUCUAUGACCCAGACGAGACUCUCAAUUUUGUUGCACCCAACAAGUAUGAGUACUGCAUCUGGACCGACGGGCUAUGUGCACUGCUGGGUAGAGAGAUGGGCAGUGACCUGACACGCAGUGACCUAGAUACUCUCAUCAGCAUGGAGAUGAAGCUCCGCCUCCUCGACCUUGAGAACAUCACAAUCCCAGAAGCCCCGCCCCCUGUGCCCAAGGAGCCUAGCUCGUACAACUUCACCUAUAACUACAGUUGAGAUGUAUGUACGUGUGCGUGAAUGUGAGUUUGCUCUGCAUGUGUGCGUUUUGUCAAGGAUGAGUAUUCUUAAUCUUUUAAUGAGUUAAGCUGGAGAUGUGUCAACAGAAAAAGGUCAUUUGGAUUUUUUUAUUAACAUUUCAGAGCCCAGGAGACCCUCUGAGAGUUUGAUGCUCUGUGGUUUGUCAGAUGUGUUUAUAGCUCCGCAAGAAGUUCAGAGGUCGGGGUCCAAUGUAGAGCAGCUCUCCUUGAGCUGGUAGCGAGCUCCAGUGAGUGAAUUUAGCAGUGCAGUCUCCAGGCAACAAUGCUUUUAUUCCUCAUUCAUUACUAUUUAAAGGUAUAAACCUGCCUAUGUUUCAAGGAUACUGUGCCUGAUGGUGGAAACAAAUCUGCUCAUUAGUUUUCACUCAAGUUUAUUUUAGACAAAUUGCAGUUACAAAGGUUAUUGUGGUCUCUAUAGCAACAGAAAACAAGGUAGCUACCAAUACAGUUUUAACACUGUUGACUUCUCUUCUUUCUUUAACACAGUAGAUGUACAGUGGAUUUGCUACAGAGAUUUAAAUAAACACACUACACCUCUCAGGAUGCUCUACUAAAGGAUAUUUGACACCACAUGGGGAUCAAACUCAAUGUCUCUACUUAAAGGAUGAUCUCCUUGAUUCAUCCAUGUAAAGAUAUUUGAUCGGUGCUUCAGUAUUUGGCAGUGCAGAGGAAAACUUCAUUGAGAAAAAGAGCAAGAGGCUACAUUUAAACUAAUUUGAUCAAAGUAAAUUCCUAUUCUCACCAUGUGUUUGCUAGAGUCUGUCGUCCUGAGCCUGCAGUUUAAAGAAAAUAAUUGAAGUUUACUUCAUUUAUUACAUUAUUUUUGGUCUUUAUUGACAGAACAGCUGAAGAGAGACAGGUAGUAAGGGGAUGUCUACUCCCCAGAGUCCAGGCCAGGAGUUUAACCAGAGGCCUACAUGUGAAGGACUGUAACCUUUUGGGGCUUUUCCAUUACAUUGAGCGGCUUGUCUCCACUUGGUUUGGAAUGGCAGCCAGCAUGGCAGGUCAAUUCAAAUGUUAGAGCUCAUGCCUCAUGCAUUUGAUCUGAAUAAAACUGCUCUGACAUGUACAGAAAAUUCUUCUUUUGCGCCAUACUUGGAAACUGUCACCAUACACCAUCAGAUCACACAUUUUUUCAACUCCUCCCCCACGUGAAAAUAUCAGAUUGUUCUACUCUCUCAUGUCUGUCCCCUAUAUUGUCUUUAUUUUUACUUUAUUAUUUAAAAAAAAAGUCUCAAUAAUAGACCUGUUUUGUUUUGCUCCCACCGUGUUUUUUUUUUUUUUUGCUGUUUUGGAAAUAAUGAAGCAGAAAGAUGUUCUGUCACAUGGGUGGACAUACGCAGUAAGACAGUGGCUGUUGAUUCGAAUGAGAAUCAGUAUAAACCACCCAUCUCAAUCAUAAUGAAAAAUCUCUCUGAAUGAGACAGAUCAGGGAAUUUUAUUCCAAAUGAAGUUUUUAUAUGAAGCAUUUUUAUUCAGAUCAGGCAUUUAUUCAGAAUACAAGCGGUUCAUGUAAACAUAGCUAGUGUUGCUACUUCAAAGUUUCUUCUUCUAUUGGUAGCCCAGCAGGUUUUCCAAAGUUUGGUGCAGUGGUUCCUACUUAAACACAUCUACGAGGCAUACUCGAAUGUUAACGAACCUCUGAGAUGUCAUUGCUGGGCACUUGGAGGCAGAGCAGUCUCACCUGGGCCCUGCUCCAGAGCAGGAUCAUUCUGGCUGUGGCUCAGUGUAGCCCUGUACAGCCAACUUGGUGAGGGAAAAGUAAAUCAGCAUGGCUUGGUUUGGAUUGGCAUGGUCAACUGUCAUCUUGGAAAAGCCCCAGUUGUAUAUGACGCACCUAGGCUAAUCACUGGACAAAACCAGUAACCCAUUAACCUCCCCUUUGUUGAUUGGUUCGCAUUGUUGACAUCACCAGACCCCAUUUCCAAAAACCCAAGGGAACUUUUAAAGUUUUUGUCAGGAUCAAAGCUCCAAUAUCCAAAGAAAUUAAAUUUGUUAGGAAAGACUCUGGAACUUCUGGAAACAGAUAAUUUAGGCAAACUAAAAACUGCUUAUACAACUAAACCCUUCAGUAUUUUUUCUAAUCCACUGUCAACUGUUCAACAGUUAAAACACUAAAUGUAAUUAUACUGCUAUAGUAACAAAACAAACCUUGUGCCCUGACAUACUGCAUGCGAUUGUGUUUGUUUUUUUGUGUUUGUCUGAAUGGGCAGAAUUGAGCCUUGUGUAGGUUGUUGAUGUUGAGGGAUGGCAAGAAUAUUAACAUGAAUAUAUUAUAAAAUAUAAAUAAACUUGAGCUUACGAAAGCCUUGGCCAGAGCUCUGACAUGUAACACAUUAAACAAGAAUAAUUGACCUUUUUUUGUUUUUGUUUUUUUCUUAAAUCAUACUCACUCCAUGCCUUAUUAGUCAUACUCAAUGUUUGUUUAAAAAUGUGACAUUAACCCUAUCAAGCAGUAAAUGAAUGUUUAUAGAUAUUAAACCAUUAUAACCAUCUAUAAAACAUUUUAUGGAGUAAAUAAGAAACCUUUUUUAAAUGUCCAGUAAUGUCAUAACAAUUCCAAAGAAGAAGGUGUAUAAUCUGGUCUAUGUGAAUGCUCAAAUAACAUUUUAAUCUUGUAAACUAUAAAUAUAUAAAACUAUAUCCACUAAAGCUUUCAGUAUUUCACACCUUGGCUUGAAGUAAAACAAUUAAACCAUGUAUAAUAAAGCAUAUAUUAUGGAUAAUAUGAAUUGUAUACUAAAUGAAGCAAUUGUAUUUAAGAGUCCUAAAAUACAUGAUUACAUAUGAUGAUAGCAGAUAUUAGUUUGAAGUAUAUACAUAGGUUUUAAAUGCUUCUAAGAAGGAGUUAAAUCUUUAAAAUGCUCCAGUAUCAUCUUAAACUUUGUUAAAACAAUGUUAUAAAACCCUUUAUUUGUUGUUCAAAUACUGCUUGUUAAUUUUAAUUUAAUUUACUUUAGUGUUUAAUGUUCUUACAUUUGGAAAGAUCAGUCACAGGCUAUAUUAUUGUGUCUUUGUUCAGUGCCAUUUUUUUUUUUUUUUUUACUUACCAUACAUUCCAGGAGCGUUUGAUGCAGAUUUUUGCAUAAAUCUUCAGUUUAAGGCCCGAUUUAGGACUUUUUUAAAACUGCAUGUAUAAGAGCAGCUAAAAUGGCUUGCUUUCAUAAAUAUAGGGUCCCAGCAGGUCAGACACAGCUGAGUGGUAAGGCACCUGCAAAUGGUAUUGUGUGCUUUGUAACCAGUAGUUUAAUUGAUAAAAUGUUGCUUGAAGUCAUUUUUAAGUCCAUAGUGUCUGUAGUUAUGUAAUUUUUCAUGACACUUUUUCAUGUUAACUUGCCACAACACUCAUUUGUUAUUGAAAAUAGAAUUAUAUUUUUGUAAAAGACUGAACAAUCCUACCAGCUGUGAAGAAAAAGGGUAUCAAGCUGUCAUUUUAACUUAAUGUCAUAGUGUACAGUACAUCCAUAAUGCUUAUAACUGUGAGAAGACAUUGCACACUCAAAAAAACAAGAACAAAGUUUCCAUAUUUUUUAGUCACAUCCAGAUUUUCAUACCACGAGCACCUCAUGUCGUUUAGAAAUGACACCUACUCAGUCAAGCACCUAAUGAUGAUGUCAGUGUUAAUUUUUAUUAUACUGCUAAUGGGAAUGAUGCAAAUUACUCCCUUUCUUGAAUUAUUGUCGAUGCUGUUUGUGAAAAAGAAUAUGUUUGAGUUUUAUUUUCAAAUCGUGUUUUCCUGUUGAUGUUGGAGGUUUAAAGGGUUCCCUGAGGAGUUUUCAAUCUCUAGUGUGAGCUGUUUUUGUGUAGGUGUGUCUCCCUUUUAGAUUUUUAUAUACACAUGCAUCAGUGUUUCCAAAUACUUACACAACAAUCCAUUUAGAAAUGUUGCAGCCAUUCACCAAAGCCCAUUUCAUAUAGAGAUUCCUGAAUGCAACGCUUUUGUACUUCCGUGCACCGAAUCAAACAACGCUGUCAUAAUUGUCCAGGAGUGUGAUUGUAAACAGUGUCACAGCAUUGUGGGAGCUUUACCUAAGUUUCUUUUACAAAGCCAAAGAAGGAGUGUUGCUCCUCUGUUACACCUCACUGUCUGUGUUAGUUAUGGAGGCGAAAAAGAGUGCAAAGUUAUCCGCAGCUGAGCUGACAGAGGAAGUAGCAGCAGAGACAUAGCAGAGGUGUGAAUGUCAGAGCUGAAAUAGCAGUCUGUGUAUGUGAAGAUAGUGCUUUUUCCUUUACUCAUCCUGCCAGUUAUGUGGUGUCAAAAUACACAGUUAGACAACUAAACGGUGCCUGUUUGGUUUGGUUUAAGCAGGGCUGUCAUAGUUAACGCGUUAAUAUCGCGUUAACUCAAAUUACUUUCUAGAAGGUAAUACCUUAAAGGGAGUUAAAUGUCCAAACUACACAGCAAGUGUUGAUACUAAUUUUUUGUCGCACAUGCGCGUUCUGUGUGACCCUUGACCCAUCCUGUAGUUUGCCAGAUCAGGAAGCACCGUCGUGAUGCAGUGCAAGCGAGCAGAAAUGGAUAAAGGACAGAGACUUUUGAAUGGCAGGUUCAGAUUUCAGAUCAUGCAGGAUAAGACUAAAGUUAUUUGCUCUUACUGUCAAUGUGAACUGAGUUACCAGGAGUUCAUAGAGUCUUAAAUAGCCCGUACCACUUGCUGGCCUAGCACACCGCCAAUGCAGGGUAGUUAGUCAGAACAGUGAAACACCAUUAGAUGUGUCUGUGCCUUACUGCUGAGCUCUCAGCAGAGACUAGAUUUCUUUCAGUAAUCUGUAGUGUAAUUCUCUAACUGCAUUUAGUCUCUCUUUUUGUAUCAUCAUGUUGUGAGUCCUCUUGGUGUAAAGGGAUGUUUCUGUGAGCCUUUAUUUCCCUCAUGUGAGGCUGAAAUUCUCUGCUUUAAGUGUGAAAGAUCAAGAAUGAUCUUUGAGUGGUUUAAACUUCACUGACCGUGUUCUUUAUGUACAUGUGUGAUGAUGAGAUCUGUUGUUCUGUGUUCAGCUGCUGAGAACAGAGGAGUAAACUUCUAGAAGUCUGAAGUUGGACACUACAUUGUGGUAUUAUUCAGUAAUGUUACAUUAAGGUUGGUCAUCUGUUGGCCUUGUUGGGCUUGAGUUUACCAUGUUAUGCUCUCAGCAUAUUUUUGGAGCGUUCAGUAUCUUUGAGCUUAGUCUAGAGAAUUUUUGGACAUUAUCUGUCGUUUUGGGUUGUUGCCAUGAACAAACAUUUGCAUACAGAAAGCAUUUUUGUCCACUUGUGUUGAUAAAGGUAUUUAAAUUUUUGAGAAAUAGUCCUGUACAUCUGUACAUUUAGAAAAGAUUUAAAAAGUGUGAUUAAUUUGCAACUAAUCUCAAGUUAAUUAUGAAAUUUGUGAGAUUAAUUGGGAUUAAAAAUUUUAAUCCAUUGACAGCCCUAGUUUUAAGCAUAAGUGACGUUAUUUUGCUUCUGUUUCACCUCAUUUUUCUAAUGUGUCCCUGAAGGCCAACAGGAUUAGUAUUUCAAAAGUGCAAAAUACAUUUCACAAAAACACCAAUACAUUUCACAAAACACAAAAAUAUUUCACAAAACACAAAAUAUUUUACAAAACACAAAUACAUGUCAGAAAAACACAAAUACAUUUUACAAAACACAAAUGUAUUUCACAGAGCACAAAAUACUUUUCAAAUAGCACGAAAUAUAUUUCAGGAAACCAGAAAGGGUAGGACCCUUAUUUUGCACUUUUGAAAUAUUAAUCCUGUUGGCCUUCAGGGCCUCUGUAUUUUGCCCUACCGCUUUACCUCAGCAAGGCAGGACACAGAAGGGGAGGCGUAACAGUCCAGUUUUAAACAGGCUUUGUAAAAGGGACUUAUAAUUCACAUUAAUGAACCAGUAAGAGCAGAGUAGGCAAGGGCUGCAAGCAAAUAAACAGUACAUGGAUACACAAUUAUGAAUGCUCAAAAAAUGACCAAUCAAAUGUUUUAUAUGUAAGAAAAGGCACUUCACAUGUUGUAACCUCAAUGGUUUACACGAUGCAUUUUAGUUUGAACACUGAAUGUAAACAUAACGUGUUUGUUAACAGAAAAAUAGCCCCACAGGGUACCUUUAACUGCUUAAAGGGUUAUUUUAUACUCCGGUAGCUGCUCUCAGAAAACCACAGCUGCAGCUGAAAUAUGUAUCAGUAUCACAGUGAGUGAAGGAUUGUCGCAUUGGAUGUACUAACAGUAUGACUUGAAAUUUAUGGUACUCUUUUACAUGACUUGCUAAACUAUUUAUUUACACUUGCUAGAGAUAGUAAAGAAUGACAUGUUGUUAGUCAAGGAAUAACACCAUAAACUCUAAAUAUGGUAUACAUCUAGAUCAUUGUAUGUAUAUACAGUAUUGUGCUGCCUUAUUGAAGAAAUGUAUUAUGUUUUGUGUGAAUAAAUACAAAGACUACUGUUGAAA